AUGUCGAAACGAUCACUCAGCGAUACCGAAGAAGAGCCAACCAGCCAAAUCUCUGGUAACGAAGAAGACGAAGAAGAAUUUGAAGAAUCUUCUCAAGAGGAAGAAGAAUUUAUUUCACACAGACAUCCAAGAGUUCAGGUCAAUCCACUAGAUGCCGAAAAGAUUGUUCGCCAAAUACUAGACAAGGACAAUUGGCAAGAAAAGAUCAUAUUCAAUACCAUUGUUGCAAAAUGGAGAAAGGAAACUAUUUCACAAGGAAUAUCCGAAAGUAGUUUCCUCGUAGCGAUGGAUAUUUUGAACGAUUUACUUGAAAUUUCUACCUAUAGGAAACGUUGUUGUGGUUGUUGCAAUGCCAAUCCAAAGAAAAUUAAAAAUUGGAGUGAUAGAGAGGAGAAGACAAUUGAUGAGAAUGAAACAUUAUUCGAAAGUACUGAAGAAGAACCUGAAAAGAAAAAGAAGAAAGUUCAAGAGGAGGAAAAAAAGAAAGCAGAAGGUAAUGCUGACCAGAAAAUUAAAAAGAAACUAGACGAAAAUGAGGAAGAUGAAGACAAUGAAGACGAAAUGAAUGAAAAUGAAGACGAAGUGAUUGAAGAUGAUGACGAAAUAAUUGAAGAUGACGAAGAAGAAGAAGAAGAAGGUUAUUACCCAAGAUCUACAAAAUUCUGUUUGUGUCCCUGUGCCCAUUGUGCAUUUGAUGAAAGAGGUGUUUCAAGCUAUGUUUGUCUCGAAAAGGAAAAUUUAAUUCCUGCAGAUUUGACUGAAAGGUUAAAGAAACAAUUGAACGAAAUUGUGGAAAAUACUCCAGUUGACAAGUUAGAUUGGCAUCCAGGUUCAAAUCAACAAGUUUUGGAUAUUAUUCAUCCUUCUUUGUAUUGCUAUUCGAAAGAGUUGAGUGUUUUGAAUGAAAAGAAAGGUGAAGUUCGUGUUGGAGUUGCUGAAACUCAAUGGAUACCAACUGAUUUCAAAGUGGAUAGUGAUAAUAAGGUUACUCCUCUAUCUUAUAUUAACAAUGUUAAUCCAAUUACUCAAAAGGAUUUGCAAGAUACCAUUUGUGAAGUCUUAUCACAUUUUAUUGAACCUGUCAACAAUUUUGUUAACAUUAAGGAUAAGGUUCAAGUAAUUGUCAAGGCAGCUAAUGUAAUUGUCACUCCAGAACAAGGUUUCUAUCCAGGAGGAACUUGGCAUACUGAGGGAGAUACUGAGAAUAUUGUGGCAACUGGCAUUUUCUAUUAUGAAUGUCAAAAUAUUAAGCAAAGUUUCUUGGAAUUUAGACAAUCGUUACGUGAGGAAAACUUUUAUUACAUUGAACAGGAUAAUGUUUUGCAAGCUUGGGAACGAUUUGGUAUUCAUGACGGAGACAAAUUAUGUGAAGUAAUUGGAAAGGUCAAGACAACUGAAGGUAAAUGCAUCAUUUUCCCAAAUACAAAUCAACACAGAGUGAAACAUUUCUUCCCUGAAGACCCAAAAAAGACAGCAACUAGAAAAAUCCUUGUCUUUUUCUUUGUUGAUCCAGAUGCACCAAUUAUCUCAACAAGUCACAUUGAUAAUCAGAGAAGAGAUGUCAUUAUUUCAAAUUCCUUCUCGUUAGCUCAAAAGAUUACCUAUCCAGUGCUUGUGAAAAAUGUCAUUCCCUUCAUUCCACAAAUGACUGAGGAACAAGCAAAUGAAACUCGUGAAAUUCUCAUGGAUCACAGAAAGUAUAAGAGAGAUGACAAAAACGAACAAUAUGAAAGAGAAUUUUCCUUGUGUGAACAUUAA